AUGGAACAGGGACAAAAGUCAAAUGAUGGCGAAAGUAAGCGAGUGGUCUCUAAAACACCCGAUUUGCCUUUGAUUUCUCCCAAAUCUGGCCCGGUUGUGGUGAGCCCAGCAAAAGAGCCCACCGAGAAGCAGCAGGUCGCCAAAUCGAACCCGCCAUCCUCGGUUCCACGCACACUUCACAUGCGACAGCCCUUCAAAAUUCUCACCGACAUCUGGGGCGUUAUUACGCCGUACAGCUUUCGCAAUGACCUGCUCACCUACGCUGACGUCCACCUCAAGGAGUACCUGAUGGCACAUCUGGACGAGCCAAACGCCGAACUGAAGAGCUGGCUGACACUGCUGGAGAAGCAAACUCGGGAGGAGAUGGCAAGUCACCCGCAGAUGCCUGAUCUUCUGCCUGCAACUGCAGCUGCUGAGGCAUCGUCACCAGCUCCUUUCUCCACCGCCAACGCUCGAGAAGCAGUGGUCGAUGCCAUUGUCGCCAACGUGACCUUCCGCAAGCAGAACAACCUGAUGAACGGUCCUCUGGAGAGCAUCAACAAUCUACUGUGGAAUGACGGCUACACGAGACGGGUCCUCCAGCCGCCGCUUUUCGAUGACGUCCUCGAGUGCUUCAGUCGAUGGGCCGGUCCACCGCUGCACAUAAAGAUCUACACCUUCGCCUCCGGUCCGUGGGAAAUACAACGACUGUUUCUGGGCGCCAGCGAGGCCGGUGACCGACUGACCCGUCACCUGACCUGUGGCUUCAACGCCUUCGGCAGCUUCAAGUACCAGGCACAACGGUACCGGCAGAUUGUGCUCUCACUGACGGAACGCGAUUCGGCGAAUCUCUUCUACCUGACGGACAGUCCAAACAAGGCCAAACAGGCGUCCAUGGCCGGCCUGACUGCCUUUGUCGUCCGUCGUGAGGGCAAUCGCAAGUACCGGCCAGAGCUGCUGGCCAAGUGCACCCUCAUUGACACCUUGAAGCAGUUUGACUUCUAUGAGUUCAAGUAG